UCUUUGCGUUUCAUUCAGUAUAUACAGAACAUUUUUCUGUAAUGACCUAAAGUUUAACUUCUAAGAAAUAAUUAAACAAUUUAUCGUAGUCUUUACAAUAUUCGAUCACUUGCAGUGACGUGCUAUUUGUAAUAAUGAAAUAUACCAAGCGAGACUAACAAUUGAAUCGAAUUAUUGCAUUAGUUUAUUUAAAGAAAAACAUUGCUAAUUUUUGCAAAUGGAUAUCGGCGAAUUACUCUCAUACAAACCUCCAAAUACACCUAAAAGACCAGUGGCGGGUGAGGAUGACGACGACGAUGAAUGGGAAAAUACUAAGAGGCCAAAAAGGGUUAUGAUAACUCCAUAUCAUCCACGUCAGCGACACACAAGAGAGAUCGAUGUCACACCAGUUAGGAGUAGCGAGCCUCCUACACCGAUCAGAGCUGCUUUACCUUCGCCAGCAAAUGAUGUGGUUGAACCCCAGUUGACGGAAAAAGAGAAACAAGAUAUAUUAAAAUAUGUCGAAACCGAAGCUCCAGAAGUGGAAGCAUUGGACGAAGCAACGCUCAAAAGAAUGGUACUCUUAUUUGAGAAAAGAGCACUUAGAAAUCAAGAAAUGAGAGUGAAGUUUCCUGAUCAACCAGAGAAAUUUAUGGAAUCAGAAGUUGAAUUGCACGAGACUCUUCAAGAACUUCAUGUUAUUGCUACUAAUCCAGAUCUGUAUCCAUUAAUGGUAGACUUAGGUGCUGUACCUUCUUUACUUGAAUUGUUAUCGCAUGAAAAUACAGAUGUAGCGGUUGGUGUUGUAGACCUUUUGCAAGAGUUAACAGAUGUAGAUAUUUUACAUGAAAGUCAAGAAGGUGCAGAUACGCUUAUCGAUGCUUUGUUAGAGCAACAAGUGUGUGCUCUUCUUGUUCAAAAUUUAGAAAGAUUGGAUGAAAUUGUAAAAGAAGAAAGCGAUGGAGUUUAUAACACAUUAGCUAUUUUUGAAAACCUUUUGGAGUUCAGACCUGACCUGUGCGUUGAUGCGGGAAAACAAGGAUUAAUGCAAUGGCUAUUACGCAGGAUUAAAGCGAAAGCGCCGUUUGAUGCCAAUAAACUUUAUGCCAGUGAACUUUUAUCCAUUCUUUUACAAAGUACAUCAGAAAACAGACUUCUUCUCGGCGAGCUUGACGGUAUCGAUGUAUUAUUACAACAAUUAGCGUAUUACAAACGUCACGAUCCUCAAACAGCUGAGGAACAAGAAAUGAUGGAAAAUUUAUUUAAUGUACUGUGUUCAAGUCUAAUGGCAACUGUGAAUAGAAAUAGAUUUUUAAGAGGGGAGGGUUUGCAACUUAUGAACCUAAUGUUAAGAGAGAAAAAAAUGUCUAGGAAUGGAUCUCUGAAGGUACUGGAUCAUGCAAUGAACGGUCCAGAUGGGAGAGAUAACUGUAGUAAAUUUGUAGACAUUCUUGGAUUAAGAACCAUAUUUCCUUUAUUCAUGAAAACUCCAACCAAGAAUAGAAAGAGAAUGCUUACCGCGGAAGAGCACGAAGAACAUGUAGUGUCAAUCAUAGCAAGUAUGUUAAGAAACUGUAAGGGCCAACAGCGUCAGAGAUUAUUGAGUAAAUUCACGGAAAAUGAUUAUGAAAAAGUGGAUAGACUGAUGGAACUGCAUUUCAAAUAUCUUGAGAAAGUGGAGGAAGUCGAGAAGAAUACGAAGGAAGAUGAAGAUGAAGAGGAAUCGUACCUGAGAAGAUUGGAUGGUGGACUUUUCAUUUUGCAAUUAGUUGAUUAUGUACUGUUAGAAGCUUGUACUGGUUGCCCACCGGCAGUGAAACAACGAGUUACGCGAAUAUUAGCUCAAAGAAGAGCAUCCCUUAAAACCAUUAGGCACAUUAUGAGAGAAUACGCUGGGAAUCUUGGGGAUGCUGGCGAUUCGGAGUGGAGAGAAGCAGAGCAACAACAUAUACUCCAAUUAAUUGAUAAGUUUUGAUGUACACUUUUUAAUGAAGAAUUGAAAUUUUGGACAUCCCCGCUGUAUUCAAAUCGCUAUCAAAAGUAAUAGCCCUACCCUCCGUUCGUAGUCUAAUAUAUGCAUGAAAUAUAUUACACGAGAUAUCCUUUUUUAUACGUAAAAACGAAAAUCAGUUUGUAAAAAAAUUAAACAUGCGUGUCGUACA